AUGGUGCCAAGCGCCUUGGCGACGUUAACGACCCUCCUGUCGUGGGUUUACUGCGUGUUAGCCACGCAGGUCACCUUCUCCAACUUUUCCGUGGACAACGAAGUGCGCUCCAGCUUCAUCCAGCGGCGGCUGCGCAGCCAGGAGCGCAGAGAGAUGCAGCGGGAGAUCCUCUCCAUCCUCGGGCUGCCGCAUCGUCCGCGGCCGCACAUCCACACCAAAAACAACGCUGCUCCGAUGUUUAUGCUGGACCUGUACAACACCAUCUCCACAGACCCGGAGCCGCCCGGAUACUCUUACUACAAGCCCGUUCUGCCGACCCACGUCUCCCCGAUGGUGACCCCACAGGACAGCCGCUUCCUAGAUGACGCAGACAUGGUGAUGAGUUUCGCCAAUCUCGUUGAUCAGGAUCAGGAUCUUCUGUCUCAGCAGCACAGAAGAGAAUUUCGAUUUGACCUUUCCCGUAUUCCAGAGGGAGAGGCAGUGACAGCUGCAGAGUUUAGGAUUUAUAAAGAUUUCAUCCAGGAGCGCUUCGAGAACGAGACAUUUAAUGUCAGUGUAUACCAGGUCCUGCAGGAGCCUCCAAACAGUGAAGUGGAGCUCUUGCUACUGGAGCAGAGAGAAGUGUGGGCUGCAGAGGAGGGCUGGCUGAUCUUUGACCUGACCGACACCAGUAACCUCUGGCUGCUCAGCCCUGAGCAGAACCUCGGCCUGCACCUGGUCCUGGAGGACAGCCUCGGCCAGAGGAGGAACCCCCGACUUGGAGGCCUGGUGACAGGCAGUGGGCCUCAGGACAAGCAGCCCUUCAUGGUCGCCUUCUUCAAAGCCAAUGAGGUGCGCUUCCGUAGCAUCCGCUCUGCUCACGGCCACAAAGGACGCCAAUCCAACCGCUCCAAACCCCAGAGGACUGUCCAAGAUGCACUAAAGGCAGUAGAGGCUGCAACAGAUAAUCUUGGCCUCUCCAAAGAAGGAUGUAAAAAGCAUGAACUGUAUGUCAGCUUCAGAGAUUUGGGAUGGCAGGACUGGAUCAUAGCACCAGAGGGCUAUGCAGCGUACUACUGCGAGGGAGAAUGUGCCUUCCCUCUCAACUCCUACAUGAACGCCACAAAUCACGCCAUCGUGCAAACUCUGGUGCACUUUAUCAACCCGGGCACGGUGCCCAAGCCCUGCUGUGCCCCUACUCAGCUCCACGGCAUCUCAGUGCUCUACUUUGACGACAGCUCCAACGUCAUCCUCAAGAAGUACCGCAACAUGGUGGUCAGAUCCUGUGGCUGCCACUGA